GCUAGAACCGUCACGCAGGCCUAGGCCCUUUCCUGCCCGGGCUUCCCCUUGCCGCUGGAAGUGCUCAAAGAUGUAGACAAGAGCCUCUUCGCCAAAUAAAAAAUUAAGAAUUCGUACAUUUGAGUAUUUACUGCAACGGAGAUACCAUUUAGUUACACUUCAAUUUUCUGUUUCUCUGUUUUUUUUUCCUAUAAAAACCCAAGCGCUUCUCUUCCCUCUCUCUCAAAACCCCAUUUGCCAUUUUCUGAAGAAACAACUUGCUCUUCUUUCGAUAAUCUUCUCUCUCUUUUCUUUUUCAGUCCAGUUUUUGGUUCUCCAAGUGCUUCCUCUUCUUUUCUUUCUUUCCUUUCAAGAUUUGGUGUGAAAGAGAUCGGAAAACAAUGCAUAUUCUCAAGGUCUUCUUUGGAGUCGUUGGAAAUGCCACUGCUCUGUUCCUCUUCUUGGCUCCCAUCAUCACAUUCAAGAGGAUCAUACAGAAGAGAAGCACAGAGCAGUUCUCAGGCAUUCCGUACGUCAUGACUUUGCUCAACUGCCUUCUCUCCGCUUGGUAUGGCCUGCCCUUUGUGUCCCCAAACAACAUCUUGGUUUCAACCAUCAAUGGUACUGGUGCAGCCAUUGAAGCAAUAUAUGUGUUGAUCUUCAUCAUAUUUGCCCCCAAGAGAGAGAAGUUCAAGAUUCUUGGCCUCUUCACGUUUGUGCUUGCUCUCUUCUCCACUGUUGCUUUGGUCUCAGUCUUUGCUCUGCACAGCAAGGCCAGGAAGCUCUUCUGUGGGCUUGCGGCCACCGUAUUCUCAAUCAUAAUGUAUGGCUCACCUCUCGCAAUUAUGAGCACAGUGAUCAAAACCAAGAGUGUGGAAUUUAUGCCUUUUUUUUUGUCACUUUUCUCCUUCUUAUGUGGCACUUCAUGGUUCAUCUUUGGCCUACUUGGCCAUGACCCUUUUGUUGCUGUGCCAAAUGGAUUUGGAAGCGGCCUAGGGGCACUGCAGCUGGUCUUGUACUUCAUCUACCGUGACCUUGACAGCAAGGGAAGCACAGGCAGUAUCAAGAAGCCCAGUUCUAGUAGUACUGCUGCUACUGCUGAUGAAUCAAUGGAGAUGGGCUUUGCAGAGCCCCACCAAUCAAAGCAAUCAAUUGCCAUCAGUGGUGCUCAAGAUGGGCAGCCCUAGACGCCCUCUGUCUGCUUCCUUCACUUAGGUUAAUGCCAAGUGUGGCAUGAUCGCAAACUGCAAUUUUUAAUUUCUUGUUUUGAAGUCUUGUUGUAGCUCCAAUUCCAGCUAAUGUGUAAUGUGAACCCCCACUCUAUUUAGAUUACUCAAAUGUUGAAAUUUUCAUUUCUGGUCUUGCAUAUAUAAAGGCUGCUUUU